AUGGCCACAGAGCAGGUGAGCGGGCAGCAUGGCCCAGACCCAGCCACUGGCCCUCAGAAGACCCCUGUGACUCCCAAGAGUGAUGCAGAGGAGCCCCCAAUGACCAGGAAGAGGAGCAAGAAGGAGAGGGGGCUCCGAGGGUCCCGGAAGCGCGCUGGCAGCUCUGGGGACCAGGCAGGCCCCGAGGCCCUGGGGAGCAGCAAGAACCUUCCCAGGACUGGAGAGGGGCCGGCAGGGGUACCCCCUGCAUCCCCUGGGCCGGCCUCUUCGCGCCAGUCCCACCGACAUCGUCCUGACUCCCGGCACGAUGCUGCUCAGAGGACAUACGGGCCCCUGCUCAAUCGAGUCUUCGGGAAGGAUCGAGAGCUGGGCCCGGAGGAGCUAGAUGAGCUUCAGGCCGCCUUCGAGGAGUUUGACACCGACCGUGACGGCUACAUCAGCCACCGGGAGCUGGGCGACUGCAUGCGGACCCUGGGCUACAUGCCCACUGAGAUGGAGCUCCUGGCGGUCUCCCAGCACAUCAAGAUGCGAAUGGGUGGCCGCGUGGACUUUGAGGAGUUUGUGGAACUGAUAGGCCCAAAGCUGAGGGAGGAGACGGCGCACAUGCUGGGGGUUCGGGAGCUGCGCAUCGCCUUCCGAGAGUUUGACAGGGACAGGGAUGGACGAAUUACCGUACCAGAGCUGCGGGAGGCAGUGCCGGCUCUUCUCGGGGAGCCACUGGCGGGUCCUGAGCUGGACGAGAUGCUCCGAGAAGUGGACCUCAAUGGGGAUGGCACCGUAGACUUUGAUGAGUUUGUGAUGAUGCUCUCCCGCCACUGAGGCUCCAGGAGGGAGUAUCUGUUGCCCCCGGGCCCCAGAUGCCAGCAGGACCCAGGCUGCGCCCCUUCCCCAGGAGGCGCCAGGAUGGAGAUGGAGGGGUCCCAGCAGCCCCCAGACUUCUAUCCCUGAAAACACCUGGCCUCAAGGUCUGCUUGUUACGUCACCCGCCCACCCUCAUCCUCACCUCCCCCCACUCAAGCUGCCUGGAGAAGACCUGCUCUCAGCUGCCCACCGUUCCUCAGCAUGAGCAAGAUUUGGGUCUCUCCAGAGCCCUGGAAGGUAGGGAGUUCCCUGGCACUGGCAGCAUUCAGUGCCCCCCCCACCGCACCUCGAGUGGCAUGAUGAAUUGAGAGGGUGGCUGGACCUCUCCUGCUACUUAUGUUUAUAAACUUUUUUUUUUUUUU